AUGGCGACCUCCGCGGUGCUCUUCCUCCUCCUCGCUGUUUUUGCCGCCGGUGCCAGCGCGGCCACCUUCAACAUCAAGAACAACUGCGGCUCCACAAUUUGGCCGGCGGGCAUCCCGGUGGGUGGGGGCUUCGAGCUGGGCGCAGGCCAGACGUCCAGCAUCAACGUGCCCGCGGGCACCAAAGCCGGGAGGAUAUGGGCUCGCACCGGGUGCUCCUUCAAUGGCGGCAGCGGGAGCUGCCGGACCGGCGACUGCGGCGGCCAGCUGUCCUGCUCCCUCUCCGGGCGGCCACCAGCAACGCUGGCCGAGUACACCAUCGGCGGCGGCGGCACCCAGGACUUCUACGACAUCUCGGUGAUCGACGGCUUCAACCUUGCCAUGGACUUCUCGUGCAGCACCGGCGACGCGCUCCAGUGCAGGGAUCCCAGCUGCCCGCCGCCGCAAGCCUACCAACACCCCAACGACCAAGCCACACACGCCUGCAGUGGCAAUAAUAACUACCAGAUCACCUUCUGCCCAUGA